UCUGAUCUCUCCUCUCUUCAAAGCUCAGUCCCUCCCUCACCGUCAGGUGCCCCAAGGCCCCCAACACAAAGAUUCCCCCGAAAUUCUCUCCUCUAAUCCCAUUGGUUGCUUAUUUUUGUUUCCCAAAAUUCCUAAUAUUAAAGAGGGAAAAAUUAAAAAGGGAAAAACACAGGUCUCCUUCGUUCUCUGGAGUUCAACAACACUCAGAGUGACUUUCUCCAGUUUUACACGAGGGAUUUCUGUUUCUACUUUAGGGUUUUGAUAUUUUUCCGGAUGGCAUUUUCGUAAAUAAUGGCGGCGAGUUCCGGAGGCUUCGCGGCUCAGUUCGAUUUCAAGCUCGGUGGAGGAGGAGGACAGGGAAUCGUCGUCGGAGAUGGAUUUCCGGGGGCGCAUGGUCUCGGAUUGGAGGUGAGGAAGCGGUGGUGGUGGAGGAGGAGGGUGCGUGAGCGUGACCGGGUCGUAGGACCGUGUCGGAUCAGCUGCUGCUGCUCCGACCCGGUUGUCCCGAUCCGGAGAGCCAACGGGCCGGUCAAGCGCGUGGAGAAGCGCGAGGAAUGGCGGUUCGACCCCAAGAGAAGGCCUCACAGAGCCCGAAUCCAAGCCUCCCCUUCAACGCCUUUCGCUUCUUCUCAAUCGCGCUUUAUCUCGAAACAAGAAAAGAAGUUCUAUCCUCGCUGUACCCCGAGAAAUUCCGGUCCGCAAUCCCGUGACACGCCUCCGAGAAGAGACACUGGGAUUGCGAAUGAGAACGAGUGGGGCAUCAGCUUAUUGAAUGAGAAUGUUAAUGAGUCUGGUACAAAUGAAGAUGGGAGUUCUUGGUAUCGAGAAAGUGGGGAAGACUUGGGCGAAAAUGGAUACAGAUGUAGGUGGACAAGGAUGGGUGGUCAAUCAAAUGAUGGUUCCUCAGAGUGGAAAGAAACGUGGUGGGAGAAAAGUGACUGGACUGGAUACAAAGAGCUAGGUGUGGAGAAAUCUGGUAGAAAUGCUGAAGGGGAUUCAUGGUGGGAAACAUGGCAGGAAAAUCUUCAACAAGAUGAAUGGAGUAAUUUAGCAAGGAUAGAGAGGAGUGCACAGAAACAAGCAAAAUCUGGCACUGAAAAUGCUGGAUGGUACGAGAAGUGGUGGGAGAAAUACGAUGCUAAAGGCUGGACUGAGAAAGGGGCACAUAAAUAUGGUAGACUGAAUGAACAGUCCUGGUGGGAGAAGUGGGGAGAGCAUUAUGAUGGAAGAGGAUCUGUUCUCAAAUGGACAGAUAAAUGGGCUGAGACUGAACUUGGCACCAAAUGGGGAGACAAGUGGGAGGAGAAGUUCUUUGCUGGCAUAGGUUCACGGCAAGGGGAGACCUGGCAUGUAUCUCCCAGUGGUGAACGUUGGUCGAGAACAUGGGGGGAAGAACACUUCGGAAAUGGCAAAGUGCAUAAAUACGGGAAGAGCACAACAGGUGAAAGCUGGGAUAUUGUUGUGGACGAGGAAACCUAUUAUGAGGCUGAACCUCAUUAUGGUUGGGCGGAUGUCGUGGGUGACUCGAACCAGUUGCUUUCAAUUAACCCUCGGGAGAGGCCACCUGGUGUCUACCCAAAUCUUGACUUUGGGUCAUCUCCACCACCUCCACCUGAUGAUGACUCAUCAGAAGAAUUGCCUCCUUCACAAUGAAGGGCCGAUUUUUGGGCUGAGACUUUAGGUAGGUGGGUUAUUGAUUCAAGUCCAAUUAUAUUGUUUGAAACUCUUGUAACAGAAUAUUGCGAGUUACCCCUGUCAAUUAAUUCAUUCUUUUGAUUGUUAA